ACCAGUCUGACUGCACCUGCAUCCUUAGCUCAGAGCAUCCCUGGAGCAUCUUAAGAGGAGGGCGCAGCUGGCAACCAGGGAUCGGACCGUCGCAGGGGACGUCCGCCAGAUACCUUCCCCCUCCCCUGACCUACAGCUCCACAGCGGCGACCUCGGUACUGACCAGGGGUUCCCAGAGUUGUCUGACCAUUACGAGAGCAUUUAUAGCAACAGCCUCUGAUUACGACAUGGCUGAGAUCACCAAUAUCCGACCUAGCUUUGAUGUGUCACCAGUGGUGGCUGGCCUCAUCGGGGCCUCUGUACUGGUGGUGUGUGUUUCAGUGACUGUCUUUGUCUGGACAUGCUGCCAUCAGCAGGCAGAGAAGAAGCACAAGACCCCACCGUACAAGUUUAUUCACAUGCUCAAAGGCAUCAGCAUAUACCCAGAGACCCUCAGCAACAAGAAGAAAAUCAUCAAAGUGCGGAGAGACAAAGAUGGCCCUGGGAGGGAAGGUGGCCGCGGGAACCUGUUGGUGGAUGCAGCAGAGGCUGGCUUGCUGAGCCGAGACAAGGAUCCCAGGGGGCCCACCUCUGGAUCUUGUAUAGACCAAUUGCCCAUCAAAAUGGACUAUGGGGAAGAACUGAGGAGCCCCAUUACAAGCCUGACCCCUGGGGAGAGCAAAACCACCUCUCCAUCAUCUCCAGAGGAGGAUGUCAUGCUAGGAUCCCUCACCUUCUCAGUGGACUAUAACUUCCCGAAAAAAGCCCUGGUGGUGACAAUCCAGGAGGCCCAUGGGCUGCCAGUGAUGGAUGACCAGACCCAGGGCUCUGACCCCUACAUCAAAAUGACCAUCCUUCCUGACAAGCGGCAUCGGGUGAAGACCAGAGUGCUGCGGAAGACCCUGGACCCCGUGUUUGAUGAGACCUUCACCUUCUACGGAAUUCCUUACAGCCAGUUGCAGGACCUGGUGCUACAUUUCCUCGUCCUCAGCUUUGAUCGCUUCUCUCGGGAUGACGUCAUUGGGGAGGUGAUGGUGCCAUUGGCUGGGGUGGAUCCCAGUACAGGCAAGGUACAACUGACCAGGGACAUCAUCAAGAGGAACAUCCAGAAGUGCAUUAGUAGAGGGGAGCUCCAGGUGUCUCUGUCAUAUCAGCCGGUGGCACAGAGAAUGACAGUGGUGGUCCUCAAAGCCAGACACUUGCCGAAGAUGGAUAUCACCGGUCUCUCAGGUAAUCCUUAUGUCAAGGUGAACGUCUACUACGGCAGAAAGCGCAUUGCCAAGAAGAAAACCCAUGUAAAGAAGUGCACUUUGAACCCCAUCUUCAAUGAGUCUUUCAUCUAUGACAUCCCAACCGACCUCCUGCCUGACAUCAGCAUCGAGUUCCUCGUCAUCGACUUCGAUCGCACCACCAAGAACGAGGUGGUGGGGAGGCUGAUCCUGGGGGCACACAGUGUCACAAGCAGUGGUGCCGAGCACUGGAGAGAGGUUUGCGAGAGUCCCCGCAAGCCUGUAGCCAAGUGGCACAGUCUGAGCGAGUACUAAUCCUGUUCUUCUCUCCUCUAACCCUGGGGCCAGGCUGGGGAGGGACGUGGUGGGGAGAGAUGUCAGAGAAGCGGACUCAAAACCUCAUUUUAGUUGUAGAAAAAAAUUUCUUACAAAACAAACCAAGGAACAUCCCACAUCACCACAGCCGCAGAUCAGUUCUUAGCAAAGACGAUUUUUUUUCUCCUUUGCAAGGCACUAGAAAUUCUUUUGUUUUUUAAAUGGGGCGGGGAAAGAGAGGGAAAGACCCCUACAAGUCUAUAUAUAACACUGUAACCUUAUACUUGCAUGUCUAAUACAAACUGAAGAAAUUAGCCUAA